AUGCAAAGCGAUACUUAUGACAAAGCAGAAGAUUGUUACAUCGAUUAUAAAUGUAGAUUGAAAGGAGCUUUAGCUAAAUUCUUUAUAAUCCCAAGUUCGUCCAACAAUGAUUCCAACCAGCCCACGAUACAGGCGCCUAAUGUCAAACUACCAAAAGUGAAUAUUCCGAUCUUCUCAGGAAAGUACUCGGAAUGGAACACCUUCCGAGACUUAUUCCAGUCUUUGAUACAUACGAACAAGACACUAGGAAAUGCUCAAAAAUUAUUGUAUUUAAAGGGGUACUUACAGGGUGAAGCCGAGCAACUUUUAUGUAACAUUCCGAUUACCGAUAGUAAUUACGAGCAUUGUUGGGGCUUAUUAGACGAGAGGUACAACAACAAACGGUACAUCUGUCAUCACAUUUUGAAGAGACUACUAAGCCAGAAAAAUGUAACUUGUGAGUCGGCUAGUGGUUUGAAAGGUCUGAUGGACACCACAAAUGAUUGUUUGUCCGCUCUGUCUAAUAUUGGCAUAGAUACAAGCACCUGGGACGUGCUGGUAAUUCAUAUAAUAACUUUGAAGUUGGACCCUGAAUCAAAAAGGCAAUGGGAGUUUAGCAUCGCGGAUAAUAACUCUACCGAGCUACCAACUUACGAUCAGUUCGAACAGUUUCUUAAAAACCGUUACCGCGCCCUUGAGUUUUUGAGUUCAGAGUCCAAACCAAUUCCUAACAAAAACUUGCCUGUUAGUCAAAUUAAGGCCAUGCACGUUACCACGUUAGUCUGUCCCUUUUGUAAGAAGGAGCACAAAUUGAGCACGUGUAAGGGUUUUAGGGAUACGUCUGUGGAUUUACGUCGCGAAUUUGUUGCUUCUCACAAUGUUUGCUUUUGUUGUCUCGGAAACAAUCACUCUGCCAAAUUCUGCCACAGCAAAUACAAGUGUCGCAUAUGCAAGAGAAAGCACCACGCUCUGCUGCAUCCUACAAACAAAAUUGCUGCUAAGGAACCCCAAAACGGGGAGGUUACGGCUGACAACAAGAAAGUUGAUGCUGUUAUUUCCUGCACGUCUACAAGAAGCACUGUGGAUUGUAGCCAGGUAUUGCUAGCGACGGCACUUGUAGAUACUGUUUCUAAAUACGGCCAAACUUACACGGUUCGUUCUCUACUGGAUCAAGGAUCCCAAUCCUCUUUUAUUACAGAGGCCAUGGUUGAAUUAUUGGGUUUGAAGAAGAUACCAGCUAGAGGGCAUGUAGUAGGAGUAGGUGGCACGAACGGGCUCACGACAAGAUCGAUGGUAGAAAUAAAAAUAGCAUCACGGGUUGAUCCAAACUUUAUUAUGACGGUGAAUGCUUACGUACUAGGGUCCAUCACUUCGAUUUUGCCUAGCCAAAAGAUAACAGCGGAGGAGUGGAAGGAGCUUGAGAACAUUGUCCUCGCGGAUCCGAGCUAUUAUACUUCUAACAGUGUAGAUUUGUUGUUGGGGUCAGAAGUAUAUAGCCGGGUUAUUCAAAAUGGAGUCAUCAAGGGACCGCUUGGUUCACCACUUGCUCAGUGUUCGUCAUUGGGGUGGAUUCUGUCUGGUGUUGUUCACACGCCCAUGAAGCACUCUGAAACAAUAAAAGUGAUGCACUGUAGCGUGGAGGAUAAUCAGCUUCAAAGAAAAUGUCGUAAGCUAGAAGAUGACAUGCCGUGGCCAAAGAAAAGAAUGUCUACAGAAAAUGAGGAGACACGUGAAGGAUACUUUACCAGAACUACUCAUAGAGAUGACACUGAUCGACACAUUGUGCGUUGUCUUCCGUUGAAAGAUGAAGAUCCCGAUGAGAAGAAUUCCCGGCAAACACCUGAAAAAAGAAUGUAUUCAUUAACACGUAGACUGAAAAAUGGCGAUCUGAAACAGAAAUACACAGAGGUAGUUAGUGAAUAUGUUGACAUGAAUUUGGAUCUCGGUGAAGAUUCUUCAACGGCGGCUGAGAAGAUACUGUCAGACUUUCAUGUGGACGAUCUCAUGAUGGGUUGCGGAACUAUCGAUCAAGGGAGUCAACUUUACAGAAAAAUGAAUAUGACGUUAGGUAAAGAAGAAUGUAGCAAACGCACCACGAUUUUCGCGCUGAGAAGGGUCGCUUGUCGCUAA